GCAGCCUGGGUUUCUGCAAUCUAAUUUUUUUUAUUUUCUUCUAUUUGUAAAUUUGGUCUUUUUAAAUUGCGAAUCUCUCGUCGCAAUACACGUUAAUUUCAAUCGAUUCGUGGUUGUCCGUUGUAUUUUUUUUUUUGACCCGUCGCGGUGCUGAUAAACAUCUCGCCGAGAACCUGCUGUACAAUUUUAGGCGAUGAACAAAGACAUUAACAGAAGAAUACUAGCGAUACAAGCUAAAAAGAAACGGCGCAAAUUACCAAAGAAGCCACACGAAGACCGGAAAGUGGUGCCUCCAGCGCCGGCUAAGGUAGCCGAAAAGCCCAAAGCCCAUCAGAAGCGUGACAGUGACUCGUCGUCCAACGAAUCCGAUGAAGGCACUGAUGAGAUGUACGCAUCCGAUGAAGAGGAACAAGAAGAAUCCAGCGAUUACUGCAAGGGCGGUUAUCAUCCCGUACAAAUAGGAGACGUUUUUUUAAAUAGGUAUCAUGUGUUAAGAAAACUUGGUUGGGGUCACUUUUCAACAGUUUGGCUUUGUUGGGAUUUCACAGACAAACGUUAUGUUGCUCUCAAAGUUGUAAAAAGUGCAUCACACUUCACCGAAACUGCAUUAGAUGAAAUAAAACUUUUAAAAAGUGUCCGUGAUUCUGAUACCAAUGACAAAAAGCGAGAACGUGUUGUCAUGUUGUUGAAUGAUUUUAAAAUCAGUGGUGUUAACGGAAUCCAUGUAUGCAUGGUUUUCGAAGUACUUGGUCAUAACUUAUUAAAGUUAAUUAUAAAAAGCGAUUAUUCGGGUAUACCGUUACAAAACGUUAAAAGUAUUAUCAAACAAGUAUUAGAAGGUUUAGACUAUUUACAUACAAAAUGCAACAUCAUUCACACAGAUAUUAAACCAGAAAAUGUACUGUUGUGCGUUGAUGAGAAAUAUAUUAAAAAUUUAGCAAAAGAAGCAACCGAAAUUCAUCAAACUGGACAAAAGUUGCCAGUAUCAUUUAGUAGUACAGCCCCUAAGAUUGCAUUCAACAAGCCAAAUUUGACUAAAAAUCAGAAGAAGAAAAUGAAAAGGAAAAAUAAACGUCAGUCCGAGCUAUUAAAAGUUCAAAUGCAACAGUUAGAAGAACUGGAAAACAAACAAGAAGAAGAAUGUGAUGCUGAAGUUAAUAAAGAUCUUGAACUGGCUUUUUUAAAACUGGCAUGUUCAGCAUUAGUUGAAGACAAAUCUGAACCAGAUCCAGUAGAUACCAAUAACAGCGAAUCUAUAUCUAACGGUUACGUUAGUGAUGGUACUAACACGAAUGCAAAUACCUCGCCGAUACCUGAUAAUAAUUUAGAAAACACAGAGUGUGCCGAUGCAAGUAUCGAUGAAACAAGUACUGUCCAAGAAAACGGAGCUGGUGAAUUCAGUAAAACCAACAGCAAGCCGCUUUCGAAAAAAAGAUCAUUCAGAAGCAAAUCCAGAGAUGGCCCCGCAGUAGACCCUGCAUUCAAUGUGUGUGAUAUAAAUGUUAAAGUUGCUGACCUCGGCAAUGCUUGUUGGAUAGACCGACAUUUUACUGAAGACAUUCAAACCAGACAAUACAGGUCACUAGAAGUGCUGAUCGGAGCGGGCUACGGUACAUCAUCAGAUAUAUGGAGUGUAGCAUGCAUGGCAUUUGAACUAGCUACUGGCGAUUAUUUAUUCGAACCGCAUUCGGGUGAAGCUUAUACCAGAGACGAGGAUCACAUAGCUCAUAUAAUAGAACUGUUGGGUAAGAUACCCAAAAAAGUGAUCGAUGAGGGAAAACAGUCGCCACAGUUUUUCAAUAAACGCGGAGAAUUACGGAAUAUAAGCAGCUUAAAACCAUGGUUGUUGUACGAUGUUUUGAGGGAGAAAUACAAAUGGCCGCAAGAAAACGCGAGAGCUUUCACCGAUUUCUUGUUGCCAAUGUUAGAAUUUGAUCAAAACGCUAGGGCAACGGCUGCUCAAUGUUUACAGCACGCGUGGCUGAAAUGUUGAUAAUUUGUUCUGGUAACAUUUUUUUUUUACUGGGCAAGAAUAAAAAAUAAAAAUUGUAUUCUGCAACAGAACUUUUUUUUUGUUUGUAUUAUUUAAUAAAGUCACAGUAAACACACAAUUCUGUACGAUGUAAAUAAUUAAUAAUUUUAUAUUUUAAAGGAUAAGAUAUAAUUAGUCAUGUCAAAAUAUUAUAUGCUACAAAUGUUUAGCUAUACAACGCGUACACAUGGAUUUUUAUUUUAAAACAAACUUUAUCACGUUUUUUUUUUAAACAAUCAAGUAAAUCUAAUAGUUUUUUAAAAACAUAAUUUUGAAGGAUAUCUAUAUACUAUAUACUUUAACAAUGAAAUUAUUAUUAUUGGAUAUAGUUU